ACACUAUGGCCUAUAUUAUCUGUUAUUAGAUAAAAACACUCUUGAAAAGCAUCCAUAAAAGAUGGAAUCCGGUAUAUUGACGAAAGGAGACAUCGACUCCUGUAUGGAACGUCUGAAGAGCUUUUUCCCUUCGUUUUUGGAUAUCGCAAAUGAUGAAAUAAAAUCAUACGAUGUCUCCGGUGAAGUAUUGCAGUAUUACUCUUAUGCUAUCCAAUAUAACCUGCAAGGAGGAAAGAUGUUAAGGGGCACUUUGGUCGCCGCAACGGUCAAGACUCUCGCUGGAGAUAACAUGACGGAGACUCUGUGGCUUCAAACGUUAACGCUGGCUUGGUGUGUGGAACUAUUGCAAACUUCAUUCCUUGUUGCCGACGACAUGAUGGACCAGAGUACAACUAGGCGGUCAAAUGCUUGUUGGUAUUUGGUCCCUACUAUAGGAAUUAAGAAUGCUAUAAACGAUACUAUGUUUCUCUACACUCUCAUAAAUAGGAUCAUAAUCAAUAACUUAAAAGACCAUCCUAAUCUACUGGAAAUAAUCGACACUUUUGGCAGAGUUUCCAUGACAACGAUUUUGGGACAACAUAUGGAUACUUAUGAUUCCCAGGACAAGUCCCUACUCGAUAGUGGUGAAGUUGCCACAAAGUUGUUCAAUCGCAUUUGUAAAAAUAAAACAUCCUACUAUACGUUUUUUCUCCCUGUUAAAUUUGGGAUGAUACUGAGUGGAAUGGAUUCAAGCAAUCUCUGCUAUUCAAGAGUGGAAUCAAUAUCCGUAUUACUUGGGCUGCUGUUUCAAGCUCAAGAUGAUUUUCUCGAUUGCUAUGGAAACCCGGAGCAUUGCGGAAAGGACGGAACAGACAUCCAGACGAGAAAAUGUUCAUGGCUUCUUGCCAAGGCUCUGAGCAUCGGUUCACAAGAUCAAAUUCGCAGAAUAAAAGAGAACAUUGGAAAGUGUGAUGAGGACAAAGUUCAAAUAGUAAAGGACGUUUUUGACGAACUUGAAAUGCAGAGUCUAUUUGCUCAAUAUUCUGGCGAACUCACGGAGAAGAUAGAAGAUGAAAUCAAUCAGCUGGACCAUAGAGGAAUCAAAUCGAUACUGCAAUGGUCACUCCACAUUAUAACAAAACGCUCAAAAUGAUAUAU